UAGCAUUCUAUGCCAAAUGAAGUUGCUGCAACCUAUGGUGGUCAUUUUAUAAGAUAGUUUUCUCUGCUUUCCCUUUUAAAUAAAACUUAAAAGAAAAGCUAAGCCACUAGUGUUUUAAGUCUCGGUCCUCUGCUUCCCCUAAUCUCUCUCUCUCUCUCUGUCUCUCACUGUCGCUCUCCCUCUCGCGAUAAAUUCAAACAUGAAAGCAAAGUGGCUCUUGGCUCUAAUUAAGGUUUCUGGAAAUUUCUGAAAACUCUCACGGAAACUGUGAAGAAGUACUUUCCAUUUAGAGGAAAGCCAAGAAGAGCUUUGGGUUUUUUUUUCUAAGCCUUUUUCCCCCUGAAUGGUGAACAAGUGAUCGAGUUUCAGAGUAUGGGGUGCUUCUCCUGCUUCAAACCCUCCUCUAGACAUGAUUCAUCUGAGCAGGAUCCUAUAAAAACCGCCAUAGAAAUCUCACGGUAUGAAGAAGAAGAUCGCACCGUACGUCAGAAGAUAGAAGAAGAAGAACAGAUCAAGAGGGCAAUGGAAAAAUCUUUGGAGGUAGCUGAGCAAAAGGAAGAGUCAAAGGAGAAAGGCAAAAGAAAGCAAGUGGAAGAUGAUGAUGAUCAAGUGGGAGAUAAGGCACAAAUUAAGAAUUCCAAAGAUCGUGAUGUGAAUCCUUCUCCUAGCAUAUGCAACGGUUGCAAGUCUGCGAUUAAAGAUGGAAUAUCUGCCAAUGCCUUUGGUGCUGUUUGGCAUCCUCAAUGUUUAUGUUGCCUUCACUGCCUCAAACCAAUUGCUAUGCACGAGAUUUCAAACUCAAAAGGACAGUUUCACAAGCCUUGCUACAAGGAGCACCGUAAUAGGAACUGCUAUGUCUGCGAUAACAAGAUUCCUAUAACUGAAAAAGGUAGAGAGUACAAGGAGCAUCCGUUCUGGAAGGAGAAAUACUGUCCUUGUCACGAAUUUGAUGGAACUGCCAAGUGUUGCAGCUGUGAAAGAUUAGAGUCUUGUGGAACCAAGUAUGUAAUGCUUGCAGAUGAACGGUGGCUAUGUCGACAAUGUAUGGAAUGUGCGGUCAUGGAUACCGAUGAGUGUCAGCCUUUGCAUAUUGAAGUCCAGCAGAUGGUCACAAGUGUCACAAAAGGGCCAAGGAUGGGGCCAAACAAGCAACUGAUUAUAGACACUGUUACAGAGUCUCAUAGGGUUUCCCGCAAGUGCGAGGUCACCGCCAUUCUCAUCUUAUAUGGACUCCCCAGGUUCUUAACAGGAUAUAUCUUGGCUCAUGAGAUGAUGCAUGCGUGGCUUAGACUCAACGGUUAUAGGAAUCUUAACAUGGUUCUCGAAGAAGGAUUAUGCCAAAUGCUAGGCCACAUGUGGUUGGAGCCUCAGAUAUACGCAACUCCUGAUGCAGCAGAUCCAUCAUCGGCUUCUUCUUCUUCUUCUUCCCGCACUCCUCUGGCUGCAACCACAUCAAAGAAGUUAGGUGACCAAUCUGAUUUCGAGAAGAGGCUCGUGGAGUUUUGCAAGCAUCAGAUAGAAACAGAUGAAUCACCAGUCUACGGUGACGGUUUCAGGAAAGUUAAGAAGAUGAUGCUCUCUAAUCAUGACAGCCUUAAGGAUACACUCAAAGACAUCGUUACCGCUUCCAAGAGUGCUCCACCAGGUUCAAAGUUUUGAAUCAGCCAUUUAUAGUACCAAUAAUAUACACAUAUAGCCCUAUACGUAUAUACAUUCAGACGCACGUUUUCCUUUUUUGGUGUGAACACUGUUUUUUGGCCUUUUCUAUUGUUCUUGUUGUCAUCCUCUCUGUGUCAGCUUUAAACAAAUACAUUGUUCGUUGGCUUGAAUUUUUGAUUGAUCAUGUAACUACUACAUCGUGCCAUCUUUUUGUGAAUUUUGAUAUCACUACUAAGCACACCAGAUUUUCAUA